AUAAGCAGCUCACAGGCAGCUAUGCCUCCAUGUUUAGAGCAAUGUCUGUUUCUGUUAAAUUUAGAGCAGUUAUCGGAUGCAGCUCUCCCUCCUCAACACUCUCUCUGCUGCUGCUGCUGCAUCAGGACCAGAGGUUUAAGCUCAACGGUCACCAUGAGCCGAUCCGGGACCUCGUCACGGUUCUCCACGUAUCAGCUGCUUUUCCUGUCGAUCAUCAUCUCAUCUGAACUUCCAGAUUCUGUGGCCGGAGGCUCCGCUCUGACCCUCACGUCCAACGACACGCUCAGCAACCACACCACCAAAUGUGGAGGAGGCAGCGUCUGCGUUGAAGGCGUCAUCCUGCCUGUGUGGAAGCCAGAAAACCCGGCCUUCACCGACCGCCUCGCCAGGGCCACUGUCUACUUUGUGGGGUUGGCAUACAUGUUCUUGGGCGUCUCCAUCAUCGCUGACCGCUUUAUGGCGUCCAUCGAGGUCAUCACCUCCCAGGAGAGACAGAUCACCAUCAAGAAGCCCAACGGUGAGAAGAUCACCACGACGGUGCGCAUCUGGAACGAGACGGUGUCCAACCUGACCCUGAUGGCGCUGGGUUCCUCCGCCCCAGAAAUCCUCCUGUCGGUCGUGGAGGUUUGUGGUCACAACUUUAACGCCGGCCAGCUGGGCCCCAACACCAUCGUAGGAAGUGCCGCCUUCAACAUGUUUGUCAUCAUUGGCCUUUGUGUGUCCGUCAUUCCUGAAGGAGAAACCAGAAAGGUGAAGCACCUCAGGGUGUUCUUCGUCACCGCCACCUGGAGCGUCUUUGCAUACAUCUGGCUUUACCUGAUCCUGGCCGUCUUUUCUCCAGGCGUUGUUGAGAUAUGGGAGGGUCUGGUCACGCUCUUCUUCUUCCCCAUUUGUGUUGGAUUCGCUUACGUGGCCGACCGCAGACUCCUUUUCUACAAAUACAUGCACAAACGAUACAGAGCAGGGAAGCACAAAGGAAUGAUCAUCGAAACAGAGGGAGAACCAGAGCUUCCCUCAAAGGUCGACAUCGAAAUGGACGGGAAAAUGCUGAAUUCCGACGGACGGGACACAGGGUUUGAUUUUAAGGAGCUGGAUGAGGAAGAGGCCCGCAGAGAGGUGGCCAGGAUCCUGAAGGAGCUGAAACAGAAACAUCCCGAGAAGGAGAUGGAGCAGUUGAUGGAGCUCGCCAAUUAUCAAGUUUUAAGCCAGCAGCAGAAGAGUCGGGCUUUCUACCGCUGUCAGGCCACUAGGAUCAUGACGGGAGCAGGAAAUAUCCUGAAGAAGCAUGCCGCCGACCAAGCCAAGAGAGCCACCCAGCACGACAUCUGCUCCGAGGUUUCAGCGAACGACUUUUCCUCUAAGGUGUUCUUCGACCCCGGUACCUACCAGUGUCUGGAGAACUGCGGCACUGUAGCCCUGAACGUUGUGCGCCAUGGUGGAGACCUAACGAGCACAGUCUCCGUGGAUUACCGGACUGAAGACGGCACCGCAAACGCCGGCUCAGAUUACCAGUUCACUGAAGGAACUAUCGUGUUCAAACCAGGCGAGACCGAAAAGCAACUCCGCAUUGACAUAAUUGACGAUGAUAUCUUUGAGGAAGAUGAGCAUUUCCUGGUUCACCUCAGCAAUGUGAAGGUCAUAUCAGAGGGCGCCGGCUCAGACGAGCGCGAGGCAAACCACGUGGACGCCCUCGCAAGUUUGGGUCUGCCGUGCUCGGCCACCGUCACCAUCUUUGAUGACGACCACGCAGGGAUCUUUACGUUUGAGGAGCCGGCGGUGACCGUGAGCGAGAGCGUCGGGAUGAUAGAGGUGAAGGUGAUCCGGACCUCGGGAGCUCGCGGCGUCGUGAUGGUGCCGUACAAAACCAUGGAGGGGACGGCUAAAGGAGGCGGCGAGGACUUUGAGGACACACAUGGAGUUCUGGAGUUCGAGAACGAUGAGAUCUUCAAAACUAUUCAGAUCAAUAUAAUUGAUGAUGAAGAAUAUGAGAAAAACAAGAACUUCUUCCUAGAGAUCGGAGAGCCUCAGCUGCUGGAGAUGAGUGAGAGGAAAGCUGUGCUGCUUCAGGAAGUCGGUGGAUUCGUCAAAACAGGCAGAGACGUCUACAGGAAGGUCCAGGGACGAGACCACCCCGUCCCCUCCACCAUUAUCAACAUCGCAGAUGAGGGGGGUGAGGAGGUUUUCACCAAGAAGGAGGAGGAGGAGAGGAGGAUUGCAGAGAUGGGUCGGCCGAUGCUGGGCGAGCACAUCAAACUGGAGGUCGUCAUAGAGGAGUCGUACGAGUUCAAGAGCACCGUGGAUAAACUCCUUAAGAAGACCAACCUGGCCCUGGUGAUCGGGACGAACAGCUGGAGAGAGCAGUUUGUGGAGGCCAUCACAGUCAGCUCUGGUGAUGAUGAUGAUGAAUGCGGCGAGGAGAAGCUGCCCUCCUGUUUUGACUACGUCAUGCACUUCCUCACCGUCUUCUGGAAGAUUCUGUUUGCCUUAGUUCCUCCCACCGACUAUUUCAACGGCUGGGCCUGCUUCGUCGUCUCCAUCUCCGUCAUCGGCAUUCUGACGGCAUUCAUCGGUGACCUGGCGUCGCAUUUCGGCUGCACCGUCGGCCUCAAAGACUCCGUCACUGCUGUGGUGUUCGUAGCUUUGGGCACAUCUGUACCAGACACCUUUGCCAGUAAGGUGUCAGCCACCCAGGACCAAUACGCCGACGCCUCAAUCGGUAACGUGACAGGAAGUAACGCUGUCAACGUCUUCCUGGGUAUUGGCGUGGCCUGGUCCAUCGCUGCCGUCUACCACUACUCCAAGGGUGAGGAGUUCAAGGUUGACCCGGGCACGCUUGCCUUCUCCGUCACACUCUUCACCAUCUUUGCCUUCAUCUGUAUCGCCGUACUCAUCUACCGCCGCCGGCCCGAGAUCGGUGGGGAGCUCGGCGGACCCAGAGUCCCCAAGGUCCUCACCACCUGCCUGUUCUUCAGCCUGUGGUUAAUGUACAUUGUCUUCUCCUCGUUGGAGGCCUACUGCCACGUAAAAGGCUUCUGAAAGUUCUGCUUCUGACGGGUCCCCAAAGGUUCUGACAGGUUCUUGAUGAACAGUUCUGAGGGAUUUCUAAAGGUUCCAACAAGGUUCCUUUGAUUUGUGUUAUUGGUCUAAAGGUGUGGAAGAUAUCUAAAGGUUGUAACAGCUUCCUGAGAGUUGAUGCAUUCCUAAAGCUUCUGAAGUAAAUGUUCUGACAGGCUUCUGGAAACCUGGAUGAACUCAUAAUGGUUCCAACAGGUUUUCUGAGGUUUCUAAAUGCUAAAAAUGUAAUUCUUCUGGACUCUUUAUAUUUCAUUUUCUUUAAACGUCUAAUAGAUUCAAAACAACUUUGAUGGCUUUCUACAGAUCCUGACGCAUUCCUUAAAGUUCCUAUAGGUUCCUGCAUAAUGUCACAGGUUCCUGUCCUUUUCCUAAGGGUUUGAAUAAACCUUUAAAGGUUCUGCUGGGUUCUGUCCAGUUUCUAUAGUUUCUGUUGUUUGUCUAAGGGUUUAGAUAGACGUCUUAAUGUUGUAACAGGUUCCUGACAGUUGAUGGAUUCCUAAAGGUCCCAGUAGGUUCCUGCAUAUUGUAACAAGCUCCAGGUAUUUGUUCAAAGUGUCUGAAUAAACCUCUGGAUUCUGCUGGGUUCCUGAAGGUUCCUAUAAUAUUAUUUAUUUGUUAAAACAACAUUUGGAUAUAAUUCUAGAUCUUGUAGCAGGUUCCUGACAGUAGAUUGGUCUCUGAGGGCUCUGCAGGAUAUUUAACAGUCUAACAGUUGUCUGGGUAUUCUGAAAGGUUUCUGAACUCGUCUUGUUUGAACUCAUAAUAGCUGUUUUGAUGAUCUGACAGGUCUUUUUGGUCAUGUUGACAAAUCUCUAAUAUAUUAACUGUAGAGUUCUCUAAAGGUCUAACAGACUAAAAACAUCUUUGAUGGGGUUCCAAAGCUCCCACUAAAGGUGCCUGACAGAUUCUGUGUGUUCUUGAAUAAUUCAUUUCUAAAGGUUGUUGUGGAACCCUGAAACUUCUCUUUGACGUUCUCCGGUGUCUCUUAUUGGACUGUUAUCCGGCUGCUGAGUGCUGGUAACCUCCAACAAUGGACCGUCUUCAUCCUCACGUACCUCCCAAACAUGUAUCAUACAUUCUUCAUCUGUACCUUUGAGCAGUUUAGAACAUAGAACAUCUACAUUUUGUUGUUGAAGGACGUUGAACCGCCGACAUAAUGAAAGAAGACUUCUAACUAAAACCUGAAAGACUUUUGAUGUUAACGGCGACAGGAGCGGCAGUGUUGCACCUCAAUGAAUAUCUGCACAAAAUGUUUGAGAAAACAUAAUUGUGUAUGUUUGUGUGUGAGUGUUUGUGAGUGCAUACGUAACCUCAAAGAACACGAAGAAGAAGAGACAGCCCUAGUGAUGUUCUGUGAUGUGAUUGGCUGUUUGGAAACAGCGGCUGCCUAUUGGAUGAUGUAAACAUGAGGGCUGCUGCAUCUUCUCUGACAACAGAAUACUUUGUCCUUUCUUCAGAUAUUAAAGUAUAGUGUUGUCUUUCCUCUUGAA